AUGGGUCGGAAGAAAAAGAAGGUGCCGAAGCCGGCGGCGGUGGCCAUUUCUACGGACUGCAGUCAGUUGAAACCAGAUCUCCCUUCAAUUCAAGAACAUGUUAUACUAGAGAACAGUGUUGAGGAAUACCAUGACCCGUGUGAAAUGCUGGAAGUUGAUUCGUAUGCUGAUCAUCUUUUGCCAGUAGAUACAGAGGGCAUAGCUGGUCCGUCCAGAGCUGCGAAUUGGGCCGAGGAGAUGGAGAAAACAGAUUACCAGAUCUUAGCUAAAGACGUAUGGAGAAAAUUUAAAGCCAAUCAGGUGAAAACUCCGGCUACUAGCUUGGACUUCAUAGAGCCUAUGAAGGUUGGGGAUCAAAUAAUUGCUAAACUAGACAUUGAUGAAAUUGAGGUUGAAGCUUCCUUUUGGCGCACAUCGAUUGUAUGUGUAGUAUUGGGUGCUAAUACCCCCUUUAGAGUAUUUGAAGGAUUUGUGAAAAGAAUCUGGGGUAACCUUGGUAUUGACAGGAUAGUGCGCAUGAAUUCUGGGUUUACCUUGGUGAGCUUUCGUGAUGUUGCUACUAGGGAUCUUGUCCUGGAAACUGGUGUUAUUCACUUCGACAAGAAACCAGUUGUUCUCCGUCCCUGGACACCUGAUAUGGACACAGUGCAGAUGGUGAAAUCGGUUCCGGUUUGGGUUCGAUUAAAUGGCUUGGGGCUUCAAUAUUGGGGUCGUAAGAGUCUAAGUGCACUAGUUAGUACCUUAGGCAAACCCAUAAUGAUUGAUCAAGUUACUCGUGAUAGAUCGAUGGUCAAAUUUGCGAGAAUUCUGGUUGACAUGGAAAUCUCUAAGACCCCUCCUAAGACUAUCUCGUUUGUCAAUGAAAGAGAUCAACUAGUUGAUCAAUUGGUGGAAUACGAAUGGCUUCCUUCUAAAUGCAAAACAUGUGGCUGUUUGGGACAUACUAUGGUGAACUGUUCGAAGGAUAAGGGAUACAUUUGGGUCAAAAAGUCCAAUUCGGAAAAUAAGAAUUCAGAGAUGACUGCUGGAAAGAACAAUGUUGAGACUAAUGUUGAAAAUAAGCAGGCAACUAUUUCUCAAGAAACCUCAAGUGAAACAGCUGUUGUGACUGUAACCUCUGCUACUUCUCAGGACGCCUUAAAUUUGUGUGAUACAGUUGCUGUUAUAAACAAGUCAGUUAAUGCUAAUGAAGGUAAAGAUGCAAAGCAAGUUACUACUAGUAACACAGGGGUGGAAAAUAAUACUGGAACGGGAGGCGAGUGGAUAACACCAAGAAGGAGAGGAACCAAGUCCAAGACUGUCUAG